ACUACGUUGAAGAAUUCUGAAGUGCUCACUAGGUGUUAUCGCUCACACUGAAAACUUUACGCCACAUUGGCUUUAAAAUGAAUUAGUGACCCUAAAAAUUGAGAAAAAUUUACAAAACCUAAAAACUGCUUUCGAAUAUGUCUUCAUUACCAGUUGAGGAGGAGACCUCUUUUCUCAGGACUGAAGACUUCAUUUGCCUCAGCUGCUUUUCACAUGGAAGCUCGGAGCGACUUUGCUUGGCUGCAGAGGGAUUUGGGAACAGAAUGUGUUCUUUAGAAAUAAUUUCAAGAGAGUCACCUCCUCCAAAUAUGCCCCCGUGUGUUUUUGUUCUGGACCAAGCUCUUUCUGUACGAGCCCUUCAAGAAAUGCUUUCCAUUCAACAUCAAAGCUCAGAUGGAAGCGGUCAGUCCGGUCAUAGAACUUUGCUCUAUGGACAUGCUAUCCGGCUAAAACAUAGAGAAAGUAACAUGUACCUCUCGUGUCUUUCGACAAGUACAUCACAAGAUAAACUAGCUUUUGAUGUUGGUCUUCAACAGAAUGCUGAGACUGAAGCUUGCUGGUGGACAAUACAUCCAGCGUCAAAACAGCGUUCUGUUGGAGAAAAGGUCCGGAUAGGAGAUGAUCUUAUCUUGGUCAGUGUUUCAUCAGAGCGUUAUUUACAUGUUUAUGGGGAAGUCAUUUCAAGCAAUGGAGUAAUUGCGAGUUUCCAGCAAACUCUGUGGACAGUACUUCCCGUUUCCAGUGGUGCAAUAAGGCAAAAAUCUAUGCAUAUGGUAUUAGGUGGUGAUGUUGUUCGCCUCUUUCAUGGUGAUGAAUCUUUGACAGCAGCGUGUGCCACUGAGUCAGAGGAAUUUUCAUCGUCGGUUGCAAUGACAAUGAACGGAUCAGCUCCCGGAAGUCCCCCUAAUAAAAUACAACGUUCAAGUAUAGUGAAUUCUGAUUUAUUGUCUGGUUCACGUCAUGCGGUUAUGUAUGAAAUUGGCGCUGUUUCAACAAGUGCUCGCUCAUUAUGGCGGAUUGAACAUAAGAAAACUAAAUGGAGUGCUGGUUUCUUCUCAUGGGGUUCUGAAAUUCGUUUACGUCAUGUAACUACAGGUCGUUAUUUGGGUGUAUUGCCUAGUGAAGCCAAUGGAAACGGACACUGUGAUGUCGUCACUUUGUCAGCACAUGAAGCAACAAAUGCAGCUUCAAUCUUUUUGAUAAGACCUAGUAAAGAUGAUAAAAAACGUUCAGAAGAACACGAAACUGAAGGUAUGGGUGAACCAGAUCUUAGAUUAGGUGAAACAUUAGCUUACCUUCAACAUGCGGCAUCUGGUCGAUGGUUAUCAUAUGAGGCAUACGAAACACGUAAACGUGGUGUUGGUCGUGUGGAAGAGAAAAAAGCUGUCCUAUUAAUUGAAGGUCAUAUGGAUGAUUUGUUUAGUUUAGUAAGAGCACAAGAUGAAGAAAUCAGGUCAGCAUCAGCAAUACGUCGAUGCACAUCUGUAUUUAAUAACUUUAUACAUACAUUAAACUAUAUAUCAUCACCGCAAAACAUAACUUUACCAUCACAACAGAGUCAGUGUAAUUUAAGCAGUGGACAUUUAUUAGGUGAAGUAACUCAAUGUUUAGAGGAUUUGAUUGAAUUUUUCGCUCAACCGCAUCCACAUGAAGAACACGAAAUUCAACAGUCUAAAUUAACUGCAUUAAGAAAUCGUCAAAAUUUGUUUCAGAAUGAAGGUAUGAUUGGGCACGUAUUGAGCACUAUAGAAAGAUUUACUGGAACAUUCCAAACGCGUCGAGAAUUUUCGCAAGCUGUUGGUGAGGAUAAAGCUGAUCAGUUUGAUGAAUUGGGUAAUUAUCUAUACUUACUACUAGCUGCACUUAUUCGUGGCAAUCGUGAAAAUUGUGCACAGUUCGCUACACCUACCCGAUUGGAUUGGCUUUUCAACAGGCUGGAAUUACAACAGGGUUUCGCUGAAGGUGUAUUGGAUGCUUUACAUUGUGUUCUAACUGACAGUGACGAAGCUUUGUAUUUGAUAACAGAGCGUCACAUACGCACACUGAUUGGGUUACUGGACAAACAAGGUCGUGAUCCAAGGGUUCUACAAGCAUUAUGUUCAUUAUGUCUAGGACGUCAAGGUGGAGCUGUACGAUUAAAUCAGGAGUUGAUAUAUGAAACCUUACUACCACAAAAAGAUUUAUUAUUACAAACAAAAUUAGUUGAUCAAUGUGGAUCAGUUCGACCAAAUAUAUUUGUCGGUUAUAAAGAUGGUGGAGCUAUGUAUCCUAAGUGGUAUUUUGAAGUAAUUAUUGAUUCGCUUGAGACAGUUACACAUCAACCAGCAAAAAUUCGGGUUGGUUGGGCUAAUACAGAAGGUUACAAUGCACAUCCCUGUGGUGGACCUGGUUGGGGUGCUGCAGGAUUGGGUGAUGACCUGUUUAGUUAUGCAUUUGAUGGAAGUUGUUUAUGGGCUGGUGGUAAGCCGAAACGGGCUACGAUCGGAACAGAUGAAGCAACAAAUGAGGAAGCAACAUCUAAUGUACCGUUGAAACGUGGUGAUAUUAUUGGAUGCUUGUUGGAUUUAACUGGACCUGUUAUUCAAUUUAAUGUGAACGGGCGUCUAGUAAGGGGAUAUUUUCAGGAUUUCAAUAUAAGCGGUUUGUUCUAUCCAUGUAUGAGUAUGAAUGCAAAAGCAAGUGCAAGAUUUCUUUUAGGAUCAAAUCAAGGUCGUUUACAUCAUGGUCCUCCACCCGGUUACUCACCUAUAUAUUAUGCUAGACAACCGGGGCAAAAACUUCGUCUUGAACCUGUAUUUACAUUCGGUCAACUUGAUAAAUACGUAUUCACCGGUCCACUGAAUUCACCAACACCACAACAAUAUGUAUUUGUACCACGUACAGUGCGUACUUCUCAUAUCCAAUUACCAAACUAUGUUGAAAUGGUUCGUGAUAGAUUAGCUGAGAAUCUACAUGAAAUGUGGUCUAUGCGUAAAAUUGACCAGGGAUGGAAAUAUGGUGAACGUCGAGAUGAUGAAAAUAAUCUUCAUCCUUGUUUGACUACAUUUGACAAGCUGCCGCCGUCAGAUAAGCAGUAUAAUGUAACACUUGCCUACGAAACAUUAAGAACAAUAAUUAGCUUAGGUUAUAAUAUUACUUAUGAAGCAUUACCUGAGGGUACAAGGAUGAGAACAAUGAAGCUAUCAAAUAGGUAAGCAUUUCUAUGAAUAUGGUUAAGUAAUAUUAUUGGAAACCUUAUCCAUUCUCGUCUCUACUACACUUUUCAAACCUAUUAGUGAUUGGUAUAUUUGACGCACAGAUUGACUAAAUGAAGCACUAUUCACAGUAAUACAAUAGUUUAUGGUCGUAAUGUUACCAUAUUUUUAACAACGUUUGCAAUUGUAUAUUAACUGUAGAGUGGAUAUGAAUAAUG